GCCAUGCCCCAAGUUUCAUUUUUUGAACAUUUACUGUUCUCCAUAGUAUAUAUAGUCUUAUACUGUAUAUACAAUAUGAUUCACUGGAAAUAAAUUGGACAGUUGUAGAGAACUACUGAGAUUGUUUAUAGGGCAGAGAUUGAAAAAGUCAGGAUAUGGAUGGAGAAGAGUGAAUUGUUGUCCCAUUUAAUAUUGUUUCUGUGCACUACCAGAGAGAGAGAAGUCUUUUUGUUAGCUGUUGUCAUUAUCUAUAUAACAUCCCCUGCUAAAACAUUUUUAGUGCAAAUGAAUCAGUAAAAUCAAAUCUCCUAAAAUAGGAUCUGAGACAUGGAAAAAAGGAAGUUGAAAAAUGUUCAGUGGCUGGAAAAAAAGUAACUUGUAUAUUGUGUAAUUGGUGGUGAGUCAGGCUCACAAGCAAAUGGGUAUUUCCAACAUUCAGCUCAGUUACCAUAUGUGUACACACACAUACUCCCUUAUAAAAAGCAUUGAAAUAAAUACUAUGCAGAAAAAUCUUGAAUGACAAUAUAUUGCCCAAGGCAUCUUGGAUGUCACUGCUGAUAGGAAUAUGAGGCAUGAAGCGGAGUUAAUUAUGAUCUCUUACUUGCAAUAGACUCUUCUUGUUCUUGCAGGCCUUGUUAUUUGCCAGUUUGUAACUUUUUUUUUUGUUGUUGUUGUUGCUCUUCACAUAUGAAGAGCAUGUGAGAUUUCCAUUUUCUGAAGGAAGUCCUCUUGCCUUGAAUUGUUUGGGUGUUUUCUACUCUGUUCUCUAAGUAUGCUGGUAUCUUCUUGACUUUGGGUGGCUUUCUCAAAUCUACAUAGAUACGUACAUACAUAAUGUAGCUGAAUUGCAAUUUUACAUUUGAACAAUCUUCAUACAUUCUAGAAAAAUGUUACUUGAGUUUCACUUUCUUUUUGUCAGUUGCCUUAUUUUGUAGAAAUUCCAUCUUUUGACAUCAGUGGUGAUGGGAUUACUUUAUAGCAUGAGACCACUCAUCUGUAUCUUGAAUCUGAAGCCUGAUGGCUGCUGUUUGAGAGUGGUUCAACAAUUUAAAUCUUGUAGUAAGUCCUGGGGCACCACUUAGUACCCCAGGACAGCACUUGGGAUUAAACUUUCCCUCUUGUCAGUUCUAUGACCAAUAUCAAGUAGAAUACUUAAGAACAUAUUCCAUAGGUUGAUACUGGACUGUAUGUUUACACAGUCCAGGUAAAGGUAAUUGUCAUAUUUCUACAAUUUCUUCUCCACAUACAUCUUGAACUUAAUUUUUGAUCAAAAUAAUAUUGGGUAUUUUUGUAAAGAGCAUGAUAAUACGUCCCCAAUAGUAAAUCAGCUUGUAAGUGGACAUGGCCACCCACGAUGAUUUCUUGGAAGAAUCUUUUCCUUUUGAUGUUUCAUUAUUCUCUCUUUAACAUAAAGAGCAACACCAUAGUAAACUUUUUCUUGUCUUUCCUUCAGUUUGCAUCUAGAGAUGACUAUUCAGUAUGUAGCUGUUGAGUAGAAGAUAGCCCUUGCAUACAUUUCUAAAUCUCAUCUGCCUUUUAGUUGUAUAAAUAAGGACACCCAUGGUAAAAGAGGCAGUAAACGUAAUGUUUAGUAAUGCUUUAUCCUCACCAUCACACUUCACUGGAAGUUCUGCAGUAAGAGGCAUUGUGUUCCAAUGGAGGUCUAGCUGAUCUAGAACUAUGCUAACGGAUUUAGAAGCCUAGAGGAGCUCUGCUAAUGGGUUCAGAAAUCCCAGACUGCUAAGAAUACUAGGCUUUGCUCUCUCUUUUUGCAAUUCUAAGCAUAGUUAGAAUGGCAAGUCAGCUGAAGGACUUCAUUCUUUCCAUAUAGCAUGUUUCCAGUUCAGCACCCUGCGUUUCAAGUAAAAAGAUUUUAAAUAUAUUGUUUAUCUUUUGAUAUGGUGGUAUUUAUUUCAGUGUAGUAAUUAACUGACUUGGAUUUGUAUUUAUUACAUUGUUUCUAAGCUAGAAAAUUACUGGAAAACUAUCCACAUAAAGGCUUGGAGAUGUUAUGGGGGUAAAUGAAUUAUUUAUUUAUAAAGCUCAUCUUUAUUCCAAUGCAAAGAUGUAGAGGCUCUUAUUAAGAUAUUUGUACUCUUUUUCUGGUUCCUCAAGAGAAUCCUGGAAGUAACUCAUAAAAACAAUAAACAUGUGCAAAGUUGUUAUAGGUGUUUCUUACAGGGGUGCUUUACGUGUUAAGAACUUGGGCGUAUAUACAUGAAAUGCGAUAUAAUGCUAUACUUGAUAGGUGCUGAAAGUUCUACCCACAUGAAUUGUUUGUUGUAAUAUGUGAAAUAGCCUGGAAAUAUCAAUGCUUGUUUUGUUUUUUUGACCGCAGCUAGAGCUCCCCAUUUUUUCCCCCCUCAUAAUCAUGUAGUGCUGGUAUUCAUGUAAAGAUAUAGAUGAAUGUAUAGCAAUCUAAAAAAAAAUUUCUCCUGUUUUAAAUGCCUAUAAAGUAGAAACAUUAGGUGGAAUAAUGAGGAAGGGGGUGGAGAGAUGCAUGCAAAACACAGACCUUUUACUGGCUUACAGCCAUUUUGUAGUGAUAAAAAGUUUGUCUUCCUCAGGAAUGAACCAUCCUAAAAUGACUACAGUAGAUAAUUUUAGAUAUCACAUGUAGAAAUGGCUUACUUCGGGUGCUGCAAGUUUGAAGAAGAUAGUGCAGAAAAAUCUGGUAUUCUCAAGUAAAAGGCUGUGACCCUGGUAUAAAAUUUGUUUUGGGCAGCCAUGUGGCAUGACUAAAAUGCAGUGUAGUGAGUAGUGUGAUGCUGCAAGCACUGGAAGAGAUCCGCCUGUAGUUUUUCCUGCAGCUUUUACAAGGAUUUUGCUUCUCAGUUAAGCUGUUGCUCUGGCACCCCCAUCAUCAAAAAGCAGAUCUCCACAGAAAGAGACAAGCAGGGCUGAAUGGCACACAUCUGCCUCUCUCUGCAAAUGCCUUCCUGUUGGUCUGGGUUACCGACCGCACCGAUGCUGCAAGGUAACCAUUCAUAGGUCCUGAUAAUCAGGAGUGGAGAGAGAGAGAGAAAAAUCUAUCCACUUCUGAUUAUCAGGGCCUGGAAAAGGAAGGAAGCAAUCUUCCAAUAACCUUUUAUAAAUUCUUAAUAACGCCUUCGCGCUUUUUGACGAUGCUCCUGUGCCUCUGCGGUGCAACCCAGCAAAGGAAAAGUCGGGAGCGCCUACAAUUUCACACGCGCCUUGCAAGCGAUGCUCCGUCAAGGCGGGGGCGGGAGGGGAGAGACUCCUUCGUGCAUCUCUCGGGCUGCGUGGAGGCCUCAGCUGCAGAAGGAAACAGGCGCUCUCAAUCUCCCCCGUCCUCUGAGAAGCAGGAUUCCGUCUGCUCGCCGAGGCCGCCCUCCGUCCCCACAACCCGCAGGAAGUGCCUUCGAGGUGCGCGCAGGGAGCUCUCGCAGGGCGGGACAGACCGGCCUUCCUUUCAGUUGGGGCCCUCCCGGCAAAGAGGAAGCAAUUGGCAGCCCGGGAGGCGAAAAUACCCGGCUGCUGCUCCGGCGGCGGCGACGUCGUCGCGAGCUGAAAGGAUCUCUUUGCAGUUUUCUCCAACCUGAGUUCCAGAACUGCCAUCUCAGGAUAUUUUAAUCCCAUUGUGAGCAACAGAGAGGCCUGAGUCAGGCGCACGUUGUGAAAUGAGUGGUCGUGGCCUGGCCUGGAAACUGUGUUGCAAUCCCAGAGCUGAAAAAAACCUCACGUGAGUCAGCGCAGAGAGCGAGUUGCAGCAAGCCAUCAGGACAGCAAAGAUUUAAUUUAGGGCUGCCUCCAGCUCGAACCCUGAAGGAGAAACUCGUUUUCUGCUGUCUUGCAUUUGGAGUAUCCAGAGUUUGUUCUGGAAUGGGGACUAUGUUUCGCAGUGAGGAGAUGUGCCUGGCCCAGCUCUUCUUGCAGUCAGCUUCAUCCUAUGCUUGUGUUAGCGAAUUAGGCGAGCAAGGCCUCGUGGAGUUCCGUGAUCUGAACCCUUAUGUCAGUGCCUUCCAGCGACGCUUUGUGGGAGAGGUGCGGCGUUGUGAAGAAAUGGAGAAAACUUUCACUUUUUUGGCCCAGGAAGUGCAGAAAGCUGGACAGUCCCUGAAGCCUCCAGAGGAGAAUCUGCCAGCACCCCAGGCCCGCGAGGCCCUGCGUAUCCAGGAGCAGUCCGAGACCCUGGCGCAGGAGCUGCGGGAGGUGAGCCACAACUGGGAGGCCCUGGUUGGUCAGCUGCAGGAGCUGCGGGAACAUAUUCAGGUGCUGCAGGAGGGCCAGCGCUUCACUGGUCAAUUGCAGGAGCCCCUCGAUUCACCUGUCCGCUCUCGUGCUUUCUCCGAAAGAGAUCCUCUGCUCGACCCCACCAUGCUAAACCGUCCUGACCUCAGAAUCAACUUUGUGGCAGGUGUGAUACACCCAUGGCGGGUGAAUUCCUUUGAACGGCUGCUGUGGCGCGCGUGCCGUGGCUACCUUGUUCUUCAUUUCACAGACAUGCCAGAGCCUGUUGAAAAUCCAUCCACGGGGGAAAGCAUCACCUGGGUCAUCUUCCUCAUCUCCUAUUGGGGUGAACAGAUUGGGCAGAAAAUCCGUAAGAUCGCCAACUGCUUUCACUGCCACCUGUAUCCGUAUCCUGAGAGUGAGGCUGGGCGCACAGAGACCUUGCGUGGGCUGCGCACUCAAGUGGAAGAUCUGACCAUAGUAUUAGGCCAGACAGAACAAUACUUGGACCAGGUGUUGCAAAAGGUACUUUCAGUUCUACCUGCUUGGCAAGUACAGAUCCAGAAGAUGAAGGCUAUCUACUUCAUCCUCAACCAGUGCAGCUUCAGCAUCACUGAUAAGUGCCUCAUCGGCGAGGUAUGGUGCCCUGUCCGUGACCUUCCUGCCGUGCAGCUGGCCCUGCGUGAGGGAUCGCAGCGCAGUGGUUCUGGAGUGGAGUCCUUUGUCCACCGGAUUGUCUGCACUGAGAGCCCCCCAACUCUCAUUCGCACCAAUAAAUUCACUGCUGGCUUCCAGAACAUUGUUGAUGCCUAUGGGGUGACCAGCUAUCAAGAGAUGAACCCAGCUCCUUACACCAUCAUCACUUUCCCUUUCCUCUUUGCCGUCAUGUUUGGAGAUGUUGGCCAUGGACUGUUGAUGUUCCUCUUUGCCCUUUGGAUGGUCCUGUUUGAGAACAGGCCUGGCCUAAAGAAGGUGGAAAAUGAGAUCUGGCAGACAUUCUUUGAGGGCCGCUACCUCAUCCUCCUAAUGGGUGCCUUCUCUGUCUACACCGGUUUCAUCUACAAUGAGUGCUUCAGCAAGGCAAUGACUAUCUUCCCAUCUGCUUGGAGUGUGGCUGCCAUGGCCAACAACUCGGACUGGAGCUUGGAGUAUAUCACAGAAAGCCUUGCCCUGGACCUGAACCCCAAUGUCACUGGCGUCUUUAACGGUCCCUACCCUUUUGGGAUAGACCCGAUCUGGAGUCUGGCUGUUAACCACCUCACCUUCCUAAACUCCUACAAAAUGAAGAUGUCUGUGAUCUUGGGCAUUUUUCACAUGAGCUUUGGAGUGUUUCUUGGCAUCUUCAACCACGUCCAUUUCAGGCAAAGAUACAAGAUCCUCUUGGUUUUCCUUCCAGAGAUCACUUUCCUUCUGGUGCUUUUUGGCUACCUUGUAAUUAUGAUAUUUUACAAAUGGCUUAUGUAUGAUGUUUCGAAUUCCAAGUGGGCCCCCAGCAUUCUCAUCCACUUCAUUAGCAUGUUCCUGUUUUCAGAGAAUCCUGGAAAUCGUCUGCUCUUUGAAUACCAGUUAAUAGUGCAGACAGUAUUGAUGUUGGUGGCUCUGGUCUCUGUGCCCAUCCUGCUGCUGGGGACGCCCUUGUAUUUCUGGUGCAAACAUCGCCGGACAGUUCUUCAGUCUCAGCACAGUCCUUCCACAGCAGGAGAGCGGCAGCCUCUGCUGAACUCACGGGAACCAAAGAGAUCUGUGAACACUGCUGAAGGUGACAUGGAUCACAUGGAAACCAACCAGGAGGAGGAGGAGGAGUUUGACUUCGGUGAAGUGUUUAUGCAUCAAGCAAUCCAUACUAUUGAGUACUGCCUGGGCUGCAUCUCGAACACAGCCUCGUACCUGCGCCUCUGGGCCCUCAGCUUGGCCCACGCACAGCUCUCAGAGGUCCUGUGGACCAUGGUGAUGAAGAAUGGCUUUCAGAUGAUGGGCUACCAAGGCGGGGUUGUCCUUGUACCUGUCUUUGCUUUCUUCGCAGUAUUGACUGUGGCAAUCUUGCUGGUGAUGGAGGGACUCUCAGCUUUCCUGCACGCCCUUCGCCUGCAUUGGGUGGAGUUCCAGAACAAAUUCUAUGCAGGUGCUGGGUACCAGUUCAGCCCCUUCACCUUCACCAGUGACAUUUGGAUCUAAGAGGAAGAGUGACUGCUUCUCUCCAGAGAGGGAAUAUAUAGUGUGCCAUCCUGAACUAAUGGGCAAAGCUAUCUGCUUAUGUUGCUUUUUUUUUUUUAA